AUGGCCCAGAAAUCGCAAAAGCAGCUUGCCGCGCGCAACAAGGAGCAGCUCAAUCGAGCGCAUCUGAUCACCCUUGGCAUACACUUCUUCUUCCUUCUGUCCAAGUUCCUCUUCGCGAAAACGUGGUCCGGCCGCUCCAUUACCGUCUACAUAUUGUGCUCGUUGCCGUCAUUGGUGAUCCAGUUCUGGUUUGAGCGCAUUGCGCGCCCAACCUACGACAAGGAAACUGGCCAGCUCCGCCGCGCCGGAGAAGACCUCGAGGCCCAGGGCCUGACUGAGUGGAUGUGGGACGUACUGUACUGGACUCAGGGUGUUUUAGUCAUUGCUGCUGCUCUCGGCGAUGGCGCGUGGUGGCUUUGGCUCGCCGUGCCUGUCUACUCGGCAUAUCUUGCCUAUACAACCUUCAUCGGCGCAAGGCAGAGUAUGGCUGGUUUGUCGGGUGCUGGAAAUGCCGAGGGGAUCUCGACUGGCAGUAAGAGACAACAGAAGCUUGAGAAGCGGGGUGGCCAGAGGGUGCAGUACAGGUAA